UUAUGUGCAUAUAAACUAAAUUAAAACAAAAUAGGCUUAUGAUUUUAAACAGCUGUUCAUUUGUGUGUAAAAAUGAGCUGGCUCCAGUUCCUAGUGUUGGACAAUUUGGUUGUUUUGUAGUUUUUGUGAAUAUGCUCACUCUCUGAUCCGGACCACUUGUCUGAUAAUACAGGAUGUUUUAAGGUGUCAUGAGUGAAGCUUCAUGAGAUCAUGAUGAAUAUAAUUAUGUUGGCCUGAAUCUGGGAUGAUCACAAUGACCCCCCCCCACCCCCCCCAAAAAAAAUAAUAAUAAUAAUAAUAAUUAUAAAUAAAAUAAAUAAAUAAAUAAAAAUCAUAUAUAAAACCUCUUUUACUUAAAGCUACUGUGAGGAACUUCUGGUUUGUGUCAACUUCGGCGCCCCCUCUGGACAAAAUGAUACCCCUUGACAUGAGAAGGCAGUGUUUUCAGACGAAACCACAUCCUGUUGUCUUUACAUAGUAAAAUGAAUCACAUAUUAUGAACCAUGGGAAAAGGCUGUGUCUUCAGCCAGCUGUCAAUCAUAUGGUCUAACAUUCUUACAAUGGCUUUAAAGCAUUACAGAGUACAACCAGAACAUAACCAGUCAAGUUACUGAUGGUCUCACUUGCUUUGGAUCACUUUUCACAUGUCAACACUUUUCUUGUUGAUGGUUUUGUUUGCUUUUUCAGAUCAUAAGGAGACAUAUCUAUUCAUUUCAGCCUGUUUGAUGGCAAGGUAGAAACUCCUCAUAGGAGCUUUAAAUAGCAUAAAAAUUAAAAUGAACUGUGCUCUACUUGUUGAUUGACGGGUCUGGUAGUGAGCAAUACCAUAGACUGUAUAUACUGUGGACAUCUUGGUUCCGCCUUCCACCAAUAUCGGAUUUGAAGCCAAAAGGCUCUCAGUAAUUCCAUGUUUUUUCCCAACCAACAUUGCACAGUAGCGUUGUACGCACUCCACCACUUGUACAGUAGCAUUGUACACAUUCGGUGGGAAAGUUGCUGUGAUGAUGCUUGGCUCAAACAUUGUAUCCCCUGGGUGAGCCACGCUAUCUUCAUACGCCCAUAUGCUGUAUCAAGUGUCAAUCAUAGAAAACACAAAUCCUCUAAUAACUUUUAAAAAUGGAGCUGUACAGAAAAAAGAGGACUUGAGCUCAAACCAGUCUUACAGUAACUACAUGUCAACAUCACAACAAGGGGGGAAAACAAAUUAUAGUCUGUGUAAUUAAUUUCUAACGUUUGUCCACAGUUCCAUAGGGAUUGCUGGAGGAGGCGGGAUUUAUGACCUAUACUGCAGCCCAUCACCAGAGGGUGCUGUUCUCGCAGUGGUUUCACCAAGCGAGGAGGCAGAAGGCGUCCAUUCUAUAUACAGUCUAUGAGCAACAUGUUCUGAUUUACCAUGAUGACAGUUGUUCAAAUUUGUUGCUACAUUGGAAAACAUUAUUUUAAAAUUGAUACAGUUCCUCCUCAGUUGUUGAUGUAUUAAGUUUGAUUUUGUCCUAGACAAUCAUUGUGUCUCCACAUCUUUCCCUGAGUUGGUGCUGGAGUUGUGUGUGACAGCUGGUCUCAGUCAUGAGAGGCACACACUUGUGGUGAUAAGUGGCACUGUUCACUAGUGUAAACAAUUAUCUAAGUACAGGUAAAUUGGAUUUGAGUUGUAAGAAUUUUAAGAGAAAACAUCCUAAAUUUGGAGACUAUUUAAAACAGGCGUCCUGUAGGUGAACUUGUGUCUUAAUGCUAACAUCACCUCUUCCAGGCUCGUUCCCAAUGCUCCGGGAGCUGACAGAGGAGGAGAGGCAGCAGAUCCUUCACUCCUCCGAGUUUCAGAGCUUCUUUGACUGCAGCAUCAGGGUGAUGGAGCGAGCUCUGGCCGAAGACAGCAACAUCUUCUUCGACUACAGCGGCAGAGACCUGGAGGACAAAGAAGGGUGAGCAGGGAGGAGAGAGAGAGAGAGAGGGAGAGAGGGAAGAAUAAAGUCUGUGUUUGGAUGUGAGAGCACAUGUGAGUGUUUACUUGAAUGCCUCAAACUAAGAAAUGUACUGACUCAUGCCCACUGUGUCACUCUAGGGGCUCCUUUGUUCUUCAAAAUACAUGUCUUCCUGUUGAUGUCACACACUCUGGGGUUGAAAAACUCAAGUGAACCAACAGUCCUCAUUUUUUAACCUCCUUUGACCCGGCAUCAUAAAAGAGGACAUUACGUUUUGAGUUUCCUACCACAACUUCUCCAUCUCCACUCAGAGCAAAGGAACAACAUAAAAAUCAGUGUGAAUCCAGAUGUCAGCCAUUCUUGUAAAGCCAUCAGAGAUCAUGCUGAUUUUUUACACUUUUUAACAUGGUCCAUUCCUAAAUCAAGUUCUUCUUCCUUACCAAAUAAUCGAGAGGAAGCCAAACCGAACAAAGAGAUCACCAAGAGAUGCCUUUCAAUCAGAGGUGAAGCCUCCAAAUGAGGGUUAUCAGCAUGUUUAAGAGUCCUAAGUGCAAAGUCACUUACAUAUACCGCUCUGUUAUUAUAGAAGAAUGCUGCUCAUACCAGCCUCCUUCAGUUCAGAGGAGCUUUGAGUCUGUGGUCAAUCAGGGAUUAUGUCUAAAAGAGGCCAAGGCCAAAAGCUUUAUAUCAGUCCUUUCCUUCCCUGCCUUUCAGGGAAUCCUAUCCUGCUCCAUUACUUUUCAUACAGUAAGCAUUGUGUUGUACUUAUUAGCACACAUACUUGUUGUAAUUAACACUCACAAAGGAGUCUGCCGGUCGGCAAACUGUGGCUAGACAGCUUUCUGAAGUAGCCGACAAUCUGUUCAGGAUCUACUCUGACCACAGGCAACAUGUUGGCAGAAAAGGCUGAUUCAUCAGGGUGAACAGACUGUCAAAAGGCUUUCUCACCAAAUUCCUUCAAUAUGAUUCAUUAUGCUGAAUCAUCCGGUGGCUGCUGGUGGAGGCUGAGUGGCAAACACAUCUCAAAAACAUGGAUGACAAUCUGAUGUUUACCUCCAAAUCCUUGGUGUAUGUCCACAUUUGUCAGAGGAAAGAUUUUAAAACAUUUGCGCUCAACGUGUUCUUCGGUUGUUUUGACUUCAUCUUGUUAUGUAUGCUGUAAAACAAUAUAUGACAUGAUCCAAACAAUAUGAUAGGACAUGAUGUGACACUUAACAAUGCAAUUUAGUGUGACACUACAGGAUACAAUACAGGGUGGUACAAUGUAAUAUUAAUGGUACAUUGAGGUGCAAUGAAGAACACUUACCGCUUAUCCAGAGUUGGGUUGCGAGGGCAGCAGCCUAGGCAGGGAAGCCCAGACUUCCCCCUCUCUCUGGCCACUUAGUUCAGCUCUUCCAAGGGGACCCUAAGCUGAGAGACACAGUCUCUCCAGCAUGUCCUGGGUUUUUCCUAUGGUCUCCUACCAACAGGACAUCCCUAAACACCUCACCAGCCAGGCGCCCAGGAGGCACCCUGAUUAGAUAUGUUAGGAUACAAUAUGAUAUAGUACAAUAUGGUACAAUAUGACUCUGUAUGAUGCAGUGAAGUGUUAUACAAUGUGACAUGAUACCACGCAACACAUUACAAUACAAUAUAAGACAGUACAAUGCAGUAUUAUACUAUACAAUAUUACAUGACACUAUGAGAUGUAAUAUUGUAAUAGUGAUGUAAUACGAUACAAUAUGAUAAGAUAUGAUAGGACACCAUGAUUAGUGAUAAUAAAGUUCAUUAAGAUGUCAUACAAUAUGGCACAAAACAACACUUUAAUAUGAUACACAGACAGUGAAGAGCUCCCUUCCUGAUCACUGUCCCAUGCAGCUCAUUAGCUCUUCUUCAUCACAGCACAUAUUUUUUGAAGUUGUCAAGUCCCUGCUGUGCAGCUAUGACACUUCUGUCAUAUUAGUGUCUGCUCACAAACUGACCACUGAUCUCUGUUUCCACCAUAACCUUCCAGAGACCUGGGGAGCGGCUCCAGCCUCUCCUUCAGCAGACUCUUCUACGAUGAACACUGGUCCAAACAUCGUGUGAUCACCUGCCUUGACUGGUCCCCUCAGGUGAGCCCUGCAGCUUUGUGUGUGUGUGUGUGUGCGUGCGUUCGUGUGUGCGUGCGUGUGUUUGAAAAUACAAAGAUGGGUCUGUCCUGCUUUCACUUUUCCAAGUUCUUUACAUAGAUAGUUAGCAUUGCUGUUUUAAAUGUUGUUGUUGUUGUUGUUAAAUAUUGUUUGGAAUCAGCUGCUUCCUCUUGUUGUUGUAAUGCUAUUUGUUUUUAACUCUCUCCCAUUUUUCCUUCUUUCCCUUCUUUCUCUGUCAGUAUCCUGAGUUGCUGGUUGCCUCCUAUAACAACAAUGAAGAUGCUCCACAUGAACCAGAUGGAGUUGCCCUGGUAUGGAAUAUGAAAUUUAAGAAGGCCACACCAGAGUACAUCUUCCACUGUCAGGUAACUUUACAAAUUCUCACAACUUUAAAUAAAGAUGUUGGUUUCAGUAUUUCAGGUUACUGUUGCGAAGAAAUUAAGAGUUCUGUCCCCCUCUUUUGUGUUGAUCUUGCUGGUUUUAAAAUAUGAAAACAUCUCAAAUAACACAAAUCUGUAUCUGUCAGACCACUCCAGUACCCUAAUUGUUGGUCCAGCCAUCCACAAACAGCUUGUUCCUUUUUCGUACCGUAAACUGACUUCAAAAAUCAAAAGAGCAAAUGUCAGAGGAAUGAAAGGCGGCUCCACAUGCCUUCACUUGACCCUCUAGUUGGAUUACAGCUGAGCUCUGCCACUGUCGGCUGAUUUAAAUGCAAGAAUCUUCAGGUUUUUGUGGGAAAGAAACCCAUGGAGGGCUGUGAUGCUAAUGGAAAGUGUCAUUGAGAAAACGUCUGAGGGAGGAAGAGAGAGAAGGGAGAGGGGGAAAGAGGGAUUGGGUGUGAGGGCUUCACGGCUCCCUCGAGACAGGCGAGGCCAUACAGAGACGUCUUGGUAGUAAUAUGAUGUGGCCUACCACUUCCUAAUCCGACACUGCCACAUGUGUGUGUUCGCCCACCCACAGUGAUGCUGCAUCUGAUGUCAGAAGUGCUUCUAGUGCUUCUAAAUCUUUGACAAGUCUUACAGUCGUCACUGUGCGUGUGGAACAACACAUGUAAUCGCAGUCAUGUCAAAGGCAAAACAAUGCGAGAUAUAAAUUCAGGUGCAGUGAUCUUGAGGGGUGGGAAUCACUAGUGUUCCCACGAUAUGAUAUUAUCACGAUACUUGGGCCACGAUUUGAUAUUUUUUGCGAUUUUGAAGGAACUAUGAUUUAUACAAAAUUUUCAGCUGUUAAGCAAUUUAAGCAUUUGUUUUUCCUUUAUGUUUGUCUUAUGUACAGAGUAUUUUAUUUUCAUGUAGCACAUCUUGCGAACCUUAAACAUAAGAACUUUUUCCUGCUCGAUGAUCACCUCUGCUAACCUCACUGGACAAACAGUUGGUUUUAUUUUUCCAUUAUCAUAGAUUCGACUUCAUAUUAGCAAUUAAUUUGAAAAAUCGAUACUUGGUAAAUGAGACAAUACGAUAUAUCACCAGACAAAAUAUCGCAAUGUUAUUCUGUAUGGAUUUUUUCUCCCACCCCUAGUGAUCAUAGCUUCAAACGUGGAAAUGAGAACUUCUUUUGAUGUUCUUUUCUGAAACACAAAUUUUGACAUGAAACCUGCCACGCAAUAAUGGAUCUUUAAAGCACUCUAUUCUUUCACUGCACCCUAAUUUAUGCUGCUGCUGAAAUGCAUGUGGUUUUACAGACAGAUUACAGCUAUGCAUCUUGUAGCUGUAGGAUCCUUUUUUUUCCAUGCGCUUCUCUUGAGAAAUAUGUGCAGUACAUCGGACUUUAUUAACAGCGUGGUUUCUGAGCACGCUGAUCUGAGUUCACAGUUGUAUUUAUGACAUUUGGGAACAAAGAUAUUUGUAAAAGCAGCUGAUAAAAUGCCUCGUUUAUCAAAUGGGAUGACCGCUGUUAAAUGGGUAUAACAGAAGUGAGCCGAGCCACUCGAGUGGAAAUGCGGUCACUCAAAUUGGCGCCUGUUUGCAUUAAAAAACAGAUCGUUCUCAUGCUGCACCAAUGAAGCGUUGUAAUACUUUCACCGACUUUCUCAAACCCGGUCUGCUUGUUCACAUGCAGAGAAUUACCUUCAUGAGUGUUUACUGGAAUGAUGUGCAUCAGAUGAAGUGAUCUCAGAUGGAGAAGAGACAGAAGAGAGACUGAGAGUGAACAGAAACCCCCCCAAAGUGCCCUCACUUUCCUCACCCCCACCCAUGUUAGUCAGUGUGGCCUGGGGCUGUGCCAUGGUCCUUUCAUGAGAGGAGAGAGAGAAAAGUGAAUGACAGAAAAGAGGAGACAGAUAGAGCGGGGAGCAGAUGAGAGGAGGCUAAGAAGUGAAUCUGGGGUAUAAGGAGCGGAGGAUGAUCAGGGAUAGAAUGAAUGUAGCAGGGAGAAAGCUGCGAGUCAUUUUGAAUCAACCAUGACUUCUCUUGUUACUCUUGGAUUUAGAUAAAAGGAUUUCAGGACAAGUCGGGAGAGGAGCAGAGAGACUUUUCUUGAUUUUCUUUUUUGCAGCAGAGUCCUCUACAAACAGUGGCAUCCCAGUAGUUAGAGGAAGAUCAGAUGGUUUUUAAUGUGUGAGCAUGUUCUGACAUUUAACCCCCCCAAACCACAGGACUGGGAGCCUCUUCCCCUCACUUUCUUUACUUUUCCUAUUUUCCUACCCUCCUCACCUCCUCCCACCUGCCUAGCUGUGCUGCAUACGCUCCAUCCGUUCAUCUGUACUCACAGUUUACUCAUCUAAUACGCACAUAUUCACACUCAUUUUGGAGCUUCUGCUGCUGCAGGUAGCUCUGCACUUCCUUGUGGACAGAGAAGUUGCUGCUGAGCACUAGCUAUGAGCACCCUCAUAUUAAAUAGGUAUCAUGCAUACAGUACGUGUAAGGCUGUGGCGCGUGUGUGGGGAGGAUACAGAAGAAUGACAGUGCUCAGUCGGUAUUGGAGGGUUGGGGUUUGUGGUUAAGGUCUGCUUCAGCAGGAGUUUUAUUGUAUAAGGCACUGGCUUAUGGAAGGCUUCAUAUUUCAGAUGGGGUUUUGGUCAGGUCAAGCGUCUAUAUUUCUCAUCUGGUGGUGUGGUGUUUGAGGGAUUGGUCGAGAAACUUGUCAUUUUUAAAAAGGGUUAAAUCUAAAGAAACGGGUUAGAAUGCACUCUUUGUUUCCAGUCUAAUCGUGUGUAUCUUAUCGAUCAAGAAUUUUGAUAAACUUACAGAUAAGUCAAAUGGUGUACUAUUUGAAUACAGACAUGAGGCACUCCACAAUGUCUUCAAAGUUACCGCUUUGCUUUUCUGAACUGGGCUGCUGCAUUAAAGGAGUUCAUGUUUAUCAUAACAGUGUGUUGGAAAAGGUAGAAAAUGGAGAAGCUCGUGUUGUUUUCAUUUUGGGAGGAUUCUCCAUGUGUGACGUUAGGCAAGCACAGUCAGGGAAUUGUGCACUAGCAUUUUUUGGCAAUACGCAGCGGUGUUGUAAGAUUGCAUUCACACGCAAUAUCGUCAGACAGGUCCCGCUUUGACAGAUAUUGUUCCCCUGAGGAGCAAACGAACGUGGCAGUUGUGCAUGAAAUGUUCCACCUUCAUCCAGCUCUUCUUUUCUCAUUUGUUGAGCUUUUAUUUAUUUAUUUGUUUGUUUGUUUAUUUGUUUGAUUUUCACUUGGUUAUCUAAAGAUUUUAGAGUAAUAUUGUGGCCUGGAUUGCAUUCUAAAUUGUUUCUUAUUUUGAAAAAAGAUUCUUGUCUGGCUCAUAUAAAGUAAAGGAUUAUGUUUAAAGUUUUAGCAGUAGUUUGGCAGUACAAAAUUGCCCAUGUAGUUACUACUACUACUAAAAUAAAUAAAUAAAUAAAUAAAUAAAUAAAUAAAUAAAUAAUAAUAAUAAUAAUAAUGAUAAUAAUAAAUGGCUUAAAAAGAAACAUUGGUAGCACUUUAUAAGAGCCCAGAUCUUUUACAGAAGCUUGAUAAAGGCAUCUUUAAGUUGUUGUAAUAAUCAGUCUGAGAGCUGGUACGAAGUAUGAUAAGCAGUGAUCAUAAUACCUUAUAUACUUAUAGUUUGUUAUCCAUUAACACAUUGGUGUUUCAGUGUCGAGGAUCUGUUGUACAGCGGAGUAAGUGUGCGAUCCACUAGACUGUCGCUCGGAUUUGUACUUCUGUUAAGUGUCUGCUGCUGUAAGUUCGAGCACCAGUUGAGCGUGCCUUGCCUCAUCACGCCCCGUCCUAGCAGUUGGACCCAUCAUCACCCCAUCCCAGUUGGGUCCAAUCUUGUAACUUCACACCGGCCUCUCAAGUGGGCAAAGUCACACCACAUUAAAGAGCCUGUUUGACUGGAAACCUCUGCUGAACCCCUCAAACCGCACGUCUCCCUGUAACAACCCCCGCCGCUACUGUCAUAUCCCAUCGGUUUCAGUCAUAUUUUUAUUAAUAUCUUGCUGCCUCGCUUUGGUCCCCGGGCCUUUGGGGCUUCCAGAAAGUUUGAGUAAGAAAAGCAGGAGAGGAGAGCAGAGGGAGGAGGAAACAGAAACUUAGAUAGAGAGAGCAGGGCUGUAGAGCUCGAUUAUUGCAGAUCCAUCAAUCAAACCAAUCAGGUUAGAAACUAACAAGCCAAUCACAGUGGCUCUGCUGAGAAGGGUCAUCCAGGUUCAGUGUCUUCUCUUACGUACUUGCUUUCCUUCCUGAAUAAGCGUCUUUGACUGAGUGGACUAAACAUGUUGCCAGGACCCAAACUAGACUGAGAACACAAUGCUUACUGCUGCAGAAACUUAUAGUCUAUUGUUAUUAAGAUGUAACUUUAUAGGGGUGAACUCUGCAGACUUGUUUAUGGACAAACAUAUCAAAAAUACCCGCAUUUUGGUGAUGGAAGCUUUUUUUCCCCCUCAUUCAUUCACAAAAGCUGGCGAACAACUGAUAUGAAACUGUUAGCACCAGUUUCCACCGCAUCCGGAACAGCGGCAAAAAGGCUAUAUGUGCCGAUGCAGCUGAUCAUUUCCAUUUAAGAUAAUUUGUCAAUUUCCACCAGCCUCUUUCUGUUCUGCUGCAGGUCAGCAGACUCCGCAGCCGAUCGCCAGGGUUCUUUUCUUUCCGGACGCCGCAGCAUACCAUAUAAAUUCAGCACAGAUUCGCCUAUGCUGGAAAGGAAGUCAGGCACAGACACAAAUAAAACGUUCUGCUUCUUUUCAAAAUAAAACACUAAGUGUUUCAGGCGGAUCGUAUUUCAUACCAUGCAAACGGGCGGGGACGAACAAGUGAAAGGUUUUCAGACAGCAUUUCACUAUUUCACCCUGGUGACACCAUGGAUGAGGGGAUGCCGAUUCUAGAAAUCUAGAAGUGGAUUUCCUCCUCUGGAAGGACACAAUCUACUGCUUAUAUGGUUAUGUAGCUGUCUUUGUAGAGACAACUCGUUAUCACGCGAUUGCAUGUCAAUCUGCGACUCCUUGUGAAUUCUCACGAUUCCCGCUGUCCGAAAUCCACCAUGAAAUUGACCUCGCAUCCGGUAGGAAUUGGCGGACAGCGAAAAAAUUGCUGCCGUUCCACAUUGGAGCCAUUGUGGAAUUGAUCAAAAUUCGGGUUUAACAUCAUCAAAUUAACUUUUUUGGGGGGUGGAUCUGAGUAUCCAUAUUUCAUCUGUGGGCUCAGGUUUCAGAAAAUCUCGACAGGAUCAUGAUGUUUGAGACUGAACGAUGUUUCAGUUUUGCUUGUGACCUUGUUUUUACAGCAGCUGCUGAAACAUGGAAAGAUGCUUUGCAAAUGCUUCCUAGUUUAUAUUUUCAUGAUAUUGUUGUUAUAUACUGACCAGCAGCAUCUGUGGCUACUAGCUAUCAAACGUAGGACUGUAUCAGGCUGCUUAGGUUUUAAAAACAAGUUAUAAUACAAACUAACAUUCUAAUUUUCACUGAAUGUAGUCGGUUAAAAGUUUCAAUCUGUAGUUAUGUCCAAAAGGGUAAAUAAAUUGAGUUUUGACAAAGAUAAGUAAUAAGUUAAUUUGUUUUCAGUGCUGAAUCUCUGCUCUUGCUUUAGCCCUACAUUUAAUGUAAUUUCAUGUCGUUUAUUUCUUCUUCAACAAUCUUUUUCAUACCUCUGUUUAGUGACUGUGAAAAAAACAAUACUUUAAAAUACGACAGAUACAAAUGAGUUUGAAAAAACAUGCUGAAGCUCUUAUUUUCUAUAUCCUAACUUUCAAUAUCAGAAGAGUAUACAAAAGAGUACUGUACAGUUGAGGCGACAAGAACUCACAACACAAACCCAAUAUUAAAGCCGCAAACCAGAAAAAAAGGGAAUAUAUGAGCCAAGCAAACAAACAAGAUAUGGAAAAUAAAGAAAAAGGAGCUGUAGGAGGCAGAGAAAGGCCUGUUUGUGUUCCUCCUCAUGCCUCCGCUCCCUCAAACCCUCAUUCUUUGCCUGGUGAAAUGGAGACUCGGCUUGGUAUUUCUCUCUCUCUGCCAGCAACCACAGAGUGACAAAAUCCGUGGGGUGUCAUAAACGAGCAAAGCCAGGGGGAGAAAGGGAGGAGAAAGGUGGUUGAGGGGAGGAGGGGAGGGAGGUUGAGAAGCGGGGAUGCAAGGGAAGACAGUCAGAUUCAUCUGGUCCUGAUAAGACAGAGUGGAAAACAGAUGAGUGCGGUGAGCGAGGAGGGGAAGGGGGGUUGGCAGUAGGAGAGGAGGGAUGGAUCGCGGAUCUACUUGGGAAGAUUUUCUGUCUGCUGUGCCCCUAUCAGCCCUCUGCCCCCCCUUCUUCUUCUCACCAUACCACUCCAGCUCCAAUUCUGCCUUCCCAAGCCGACUUAAGCAACAGUUUGUUGCCUGAGGAAAGAGUUCGAGUAAGGAGGAGGCAACAAAGGAGGGAGUGUUUGCCUCCCUCUUGCUUUCUUUCUCUCCCUGUCACUCCUCUGAACCUCUCUAAUCCCUCGCUGGGUGCCAUCUUUCAUCACAGCCUACCAUGUGUGUAUUAUCCUCUACAGAACACUUCCCAUUAAUAUAAUAAGAGCUGCCAGAAGCACUUAGCCUUUGAGCCUGUGUGAGAUAUAGUAGAUAAUACUUUGUGAGUAUGAGUUUCUCUCGCACACACACUCACACACAUACACACAUCCACUCACUCAGGCCAGGCUUUGGAGCAGAAAUGAAACCCAGUGUUCUGACUGUGAGACGCUCUCCCUCCAAAACGUCCACAUUUUAUUUCGUGUUCAAUACAUAGCCGUGACUCUCUCCGCUGCUUUUUCUUCCGGGAGCUGUCAAUCCACACAUCCUCUCGGUCUGGGCCGGCAGGAGAUGACUUGGCAGGUGUCUGACCUGCGCUGCAUGUGAGAUGGGAACCAUUCACAGAGCCGCUCUGGGUUUGGAAAUGAAAUGUCAUACUUGGUAUCCAGUCAGAGUCCUGAUAGGGAAAUGCAAUAAUAGCAGGAGUGUCGUCGGCACGAGAAUGAUUACGGUGGUAUUUGGACAGAUGUGGUGCUUUUACGAGUGGUAUGCUCCGACUUAUAAAUCUGAAAUGAAGAGGAUCUGCAGUGGUUUGGAGGAAUGUGUCGAAGUUUGGUAGAAAAAUGCUCAUUUGCCUGUUAGCAACAAUUAGAUCUUGAGACCGAUACCACAAAGCGGUUCAAGGAGACACAAUGGACCCCCUCAAAAAACAAAAAUGAAAACGAGAGAAACCACAACAUAUGUAGCUCUCUUACUACUGCCAGCCAUGACCAUGUUACCAGAUAAGACCAUAGACUGUACAUUCGAUGGACAACUUGGCUCCGCCUUCUGUCAUUGUACAAAGUUGAAGCUGAAUUGCUCUCAGUAUUUCCUGGAUUUUCUCCACUUCCUGGAAUCACCGCUUGCGCAGUAGCGCUGUGCAGGUCAGCAGGAGAGUUGCUGUGAUGACGCUCUGCUUUAACAAUCUUUGUACACCCAUAGGCUGUAUCAAGUGUCAAUCAUAGAAAACAUGAACCCCCUAAUAACUUUUAAAAAUUGAGCUGCACAGAAAAAAGAGGACUUGAGCACAAAGUAGUUUCACAGUAACUACAUGUCAACAUCACAACCAGGUGGGAGAAAAAUUUAUAUUCUGUGGAACUAAUUUCUUCAGCUCCAUAGGGAUUGCUGGAGGAGGCGGGAUUUAUGACCUAUACUGCAGCCAGUCACGAGAGGGUGCUGUUCUCGCGGUGGCUUCACCCAGCGAGGAGAUAGACGGUGUCGAUUCUUUAUACAGUCUAUGGAUAAGACAUGGGUCAAACUUUGAAAUUGAAAAACAUGAAAUGUAUGUCAUCAGUUAGCUUAUAGUGCAACCAAAGUAUUAUUAACGGAUGCUCUAUUUUAGUUUUGCAGCUCUUAACUGACACAAAGCCUGUCUGUAUUUGCACUAUUCUGGCAUUUGACACAAGCCUGUUCUUCUUCAUGACAUCACUGAUCAGCUGUUUCGUGUCUCACAGCUUCGAAAAGACUAAAAUUUAACCACACUGGUGAUUUCGAUGGGAAAUAUAACAUGCUGUUAAUUGUGUACACAAGAGGACACCUGUAUAAACUGGAUUUAGGAGUUAGAUCCUGAACCGUGAAUCCAGGCAUACACAUUUAUUUUGGGACUGAUACCAGUGGAUUGCAAACAGCUGCUUUCACCUCACUGAAUGAUUCUGUUAUUUACCUUUUUCUCCACCAUUCAGAUAUUUGAGUCAAAUAGAGUUGUGUUUUCAAAGUAAGUGUUCUGCAUAAGAUGUUAGUGCUUGUUGGCUUUCUUUAUACACAACCAAGAGAAGACACCAGCUGGUUUCAGACUGCCCCAUUUUGAGUGUUUUGGGAAGCCAGAAGAGGCUGGAUUGGUAUUACUGUGUCUCUGUUUAUGUUUGCAGAAGUGGUCAAUGAGAGAUUUAUGGUUACGGAGUAAAACUGAGACUAAACCUAAUAAAAGAAAGAAUAAUAAAGUCAUGUAGUGCUGAAGAAGACUCCGAUGAGUCUGUUUUUUUUUCUUCCACCCUGUGGAGUUGCGCCCUGCUGAGCUUUGGACACGAAACUCCAUAUUUGUGCGUACUAAACAAUAUUUUUUUACGCUUGAAACUGCCAGGACUGUUAAAUGCUGCCAGACAGAAAAGAACCUAAAAUAUCGGUCUACUUUUUAAGCGAGUUAGCCUGCUGAUAUCAGAAGUAGUUUCAGAUCUACAGCUUUCAUCUACAGUGUGUAAUCUAUAUUUUACAAGUCAGAUGCAAAAAUGCUACAACUUCGUCUUUGAUUGAGAGUUAAAGUUUUAUACCAUAAAUAUGUUACACAGUCAUGUUUACACACUGGAAUAAAUCUUUAUCAGAUGGAUAAGUGUUUUAGUCUUGAUGGCACAGGCUUGUGCAUGAAUAAAAAGUUGACAGAAAGGCUCCAGAAAUACAGCCCAAACAUCAUCAAGGCCUCCAUAAUUCAACUCUAAUCUCAGUCAUUAAUUUUAAACAUGACAUCCAAUUUGAAAAUCUGCUUUUGAGUGUCAAGCAAUUCCCUUUGAGUUUAAAUCAUAAACUUCCUUAUGGCGCGGGACCGAUUGAUUUUUAUUUCAGCACUGAAUGACAUACGGUACAUUUAAAAGGCAUAUGACUCCAAAACAUAUGAGCCAAUGUGACGUUUGAUUGGAGGCAUUUAUGGAGGGCUGCUUUCAUGCUAAAUCCAAGUCGCUGCUGGCAGGCGCCUCCGAGUGCAUUAUGGGGACAAAGUCGGGCUAAUUUUCAGUAGCUCUUUCACUAAGCCUGACAGUACAUUAGAGGGAUGAUGGCAUAACCUGUGGUUUCUCAAGGAGGCUAUUCAGAGUUUAGUCAGGACUUUUCCUCUUUAGAUGGGGACACUGAUAGGGCUUAGGAGUUAAACUAACAUAUGGAGCGAAUAGAGGCAGCUCUUGGUUUGAUUUAGCUUCUCUUUGUCAUUACUGAUGUGGGGGAGAGAUGUUUACUCAGGGUGAUAACUGGAGGAAAAAUGACAAGAGAGGGGAGAGGAGGGAUGUUUCCUAUUGCUCUCGGUGUUAUGAUUGUGGAUUGUGAGGUUGUUUUUAAUCUUUGAUGGUGUUAGAAGUAAAAAACGGAUCAUAUAUUGGUCUCUAAUGGGAUGAUAGAAACAAUAAGAGCUUCUGUUUUGAGUUUAAAGGGAACAUUUGAACAAAUUUAUGGUUGUGCUCCCUGCUCUCUGCUCCAAUAUAUUAGAUAUUAUACGCUUCAAAUGGGAAAUGGCACUUUUAUAGCAGUCUUUCUUUCUAGUCUCAAAGUCCCGCAGAGAAAGAAAAUAAGGAGUUUAAGAAAAAGCUUAAAUUUUUGAGCCACUUAUUUCCAAAGUUUGAAUGGAAGAUUAAUAACACUAUCAUACUUUUAAAAAGGGAGAGAUUUUAAACCUUUUUAAAGUCAAUUUUACCAUAAUUUAUCUAAUAGACGUUCCAGAGUAGUAGCUAGCAAGAAUAAAAACAAGCAUACUUCCCUGAAUGUCAAACCUAUUUUUACCUAAAUAUUGUCUCUCAUGUACAGUAAAAGUUGGCUUUUACUUUGCCUUUCAGUUACUUGACCCCAUUUAGUUUCCAACCUUUCGGAGGCUUGAUUAAUCCCGACUUUCAUCCCAUUUGGUGGACGUCUGUGUUGGAGCAGAGAGAUCACAGAGGCAGGAUGUUGUGGAGUCUGAUGAAUGGGAAGCAGACCUCAAACAGCAGCUCAUCAGACAACCACAGAGUGUAAAGGUCAUCCCUGAAGCUCUGUGAUAGUAAACGCGGUCAGGUUGAAGGCAGACCCGUUCGCGUGUGUGUGUCAGUAUCAGUGUGAUGAAAUCAACUGUUUCCCUUCAUUGUUUUUUGGACUUUACUACUCUUAUGGGUAACAGUAAUAUGCUGUAAAUCAUUGAAACAAAUUAAAAACAAUGCUACAGCCCUUGUAAUUUCGCUUGUAGUCUGCUUUUAAGUCUUGCUUGUAAUGUCUUUAACUGAUGUUUUUGAACCACUGCAGUAAAGUAUAUUUCAAAUCUGGACAUCUAAAGUUACUCCCAAAACAAAUCAGAGGAAGAGAGAGUGCUCCAGUCUUUCCCUGUGAUUUGUUAUUUGCCUCCAUUUAAAGUGAGCAGAGAUUUUCGAGUCGGUUGCCACACACAUGGUCUGGUUUACGCAGGGACAGAGAGAGAGCAUUAGCUUGUGGGUGAUGAAAAGGGUUUACUAAUUAUUAGAAAUCUGUGAGUAGUCUGAUAUUGGUAAUUUUAUUGAUUAAUGGGGAGACACUCAUUGUUUCUGCCUGGUACUAGCAUAUCUACUGUCAGCACAACGCACUGAAGCCAGAGCCUCUAAAAGUUCCAAUAAAAAUCAUCUUUUUUUAGAUUGUCAAGAUAGUUCGUGGUCUUCACCCAUUUAAGGUUAAUUUUAGAUUAUUUUAGUGUCGCUCAACUUCAGUUUUUUUCACAGUUGGUUGGUAUUUAUUCUCAUUCGUUGCUCAAUCAACCUCAGCAUGUUCAACCGCUGUAUGGAGAGCUGCUGCUGAUAACUUGAGAAAGGAGGACAUCUACAUAGAAACUGCAUGUUGCUGAACACAAUGGAAGUCUUUACGCAGAAACACAGUUUUCCCUCUGGGUGCCCCCCUACAAACUUUGAUCCCAGAUUUUAUGGGUAUUUUUAAGACUCUAAUACAUAAAGACUUGUUUUGUGUCAGAACUGGCGGACUGUUUUUUAGGAACUCUAAAACUGUCACCAGUGGUUCCUCCGAGAAAAUCUACAACCCUAUUGGGCAACAAUGCUUUUGCAAAAUGCACCCCGCAUGUUUUUACAGUUUAGCUGUUUCUAAUUGUGAUGCCUGUCUGUGAGCUUCUUGUUUAACGCGCUCUUGGCCCUGUCAUACAUGUAAUUCAUGAUUUUGCUGCUAGACUAGAUGGAUGGAUGGUGGAUGGAUGGAUAUAUGGCACCAUGUAACCCUCCUGAAGCAUUCUCUCACAGCUCCACAGCACAGAUGCUUCGGUGGCUGUGGGUCAGGGAAGGCUAGCUGCUGCACACAGACGCCCAUACGGAACGAGCACUGAAGAGGAACCAAAACUCAAUAAACAUGGCAUUGGGGAGGGAGGGAGUUCAAGGGUGCGCUUGUCAUGAUGGAGGCUAUAGUGAGCGCUCCAGUGGCUGCUGGGGUUUUGAUGCUGUAAUGUGAAACGGCUGGUGGAAAGAGGACUACAAUUCCCCUCUUUGUCUGGUCUCCGCCCCAGCGUCACCCCUCUCUCCUCUCCUCGGUGGACCCUCCCGUAACCAAACUCAUCAUCUCCCCUCUCCCUGUCUAUCUCCUCAUGUCUGCCACCCAUCAUGCCGCCUUGAUCACUCGUUCCCACUCACGCUCGGUCUAGCGUUAACGUUUGUGCUCCACAUCUCUCUUUGUUUUUGCUCUUUUCUCACUGUCUGCUAUUUUAUCUCCACAUUUCAUCAGGAGAAACCAUUCUGAUGCUCUUCCUCGCUCUGUUGGUUCAUGAUGAUAAAUCUCUCUUAGAAACCCAUUAAAAACCCCACACCUGAAUCAAAUGUAAAACUCCACUUUCUCAUCCUCUUUUCUUCUCUCUUCUUUUUCUCCUUUUUCCCUUCAGUCCCCUGUGGUGUCCGUGGGCUUUGCCAGGUUUCAUCCUAACCUGGUGGUGGGCGGGACUUACUCCGGACAGAUCGUCUUGUGGGAUAACCGCAGUCAUCGCCGAACCCCGGUCCAGAGGACCCCUCUGUCUGCAGCUGCACACACUGUACGGUCACACCUGUUAUGAUUGACACACACAGUUUCAGUGCAGUAAAACUGGGAUAUAAAGCAGGGGUUGAUAAAUUUGAGCUUGUUGUCUGUUCACGUUUUCUGUUGCUAUGCGCCACAUCCAAGUGGCAACCCUCAGAAUUAAAGCUAGUGCAGAGGUGCUAAAAACUGCAGUUUCUUGAGUACCUCUUGAGUCUGCACUUACACACCACUUUAAAAAACAGCCAAUUUUUAGAGCCAAAAUAAACAGGUUAAAGCCUGGUUCAGAAAAUGGUUUGGGUCUGCAUAGCCUAGGGCGCUUAUGACACCAGCUGUAACACAUUUGUUUCAACAGUAUCAAUAGUAACAAUUAUUAUAACCUUAUUUCUACUGUACUUUUAAAAACAAGGAUUACAAAGUGUUUUGACGUGCAGCAAAACAAAGCAGCAAGAUAAAAACAACAACAAGAGAACCUAAACAAGAACAAAACCCAGACUGCAUGUUCAACAAAACAACGUCACUACUGAGGAAUUAUUAGCAAUAACAAUAUAAACUUGUGAAAGUCAUACAAGCGUUGAUAAAUAUCACAUGACAUUGCAAGAACUGAGACGUCACUAAAACAAAGACAUCAUAAGAGCCCAGGGCUGGGCGAUAUGGCCUCAAAUCAAUAUAACGAUAUAUUGAUCAGUUCACUCCAAUAACCACGAUAACUACUUCACAAGCUGCUCACCCCCUCCCACAACUUCGUCUACUUUAGCAGCUACAACCUUUGAACCGUCCUCCAUCUCCUCACCUGUCUUUCCCUCUGUGUUACGAACUGGAUGAGGUGGAGUCACGUCUCUGACAUAGGACAGUGUCUUAAAGGGAUAUGAGACCAUAGCCUACCUACACACAUCGAAAACCAUUUAAUUUUUAAUUUUUAAUUUUUUUUUUUUUUUUUUACACCGAAUAUCUUGACAUGGGCAAACUGAUGUCGCUUAUUGUCGUAAAUUUCGGUAUUGUUAAAUUUUCGGUUUAUCGCCCAGAUUCAUGAUUACCCAGCCAACACAGGUACCCAACUGCAAAACCUAAGACCAAGGGGACUGAAGUUUGAAAGGCGAGUAUAAGGCAAGGCAUUCUCUCUGAAUUAAGACCAAAGAGCAGAAAAAUAAAACUUAAAAUAAAAAGAAAUCAAAGCUCAAUUUUAAAUAAUAAUAAACUCUUUGUUUGUUGUUUUAAUCAUUAUUUUUCUGCACUUUGCUUUUAGUAAGAAUAUUAAAAAAGAAGAUUUAAUCAUUACUUACUUACUUUUCUUACUUAAGCCCUUUGCUCCUCAGGGGUGCAUAGGCUGUUGACAAAUGUCCUCCAUGUUAUCAUUAGCGUGUCAUAAUUAAGACACAAUCAUAGCACACACUCUUGAGACGAGAAGUCAGGUCAGAUUUAGACCGCUUAGUUCAGACACACUUGUGAACUCACAGACCCAGUAAUUACUGACCAAUGUACUCACAGUAAUAUCUUCAGACCAGGGGGCCACUUUUGACCACAGCCUCAGAGGGGCUGCAGAAGCACACACACACACACACGCACACACACACACACACCAUCCACGCUGUAGGUUCAAACUCCAAUAACGAGGCCGCCGUUCUCAUCCUCUCCAGCCGGCGAGCACGCUGCUGAUUACUGAAUAGAUUCUUUGUGCUGCCGGGUACACAAAUCAAUUACUGCCCAGUAAUGACAUAAUGCUUUCACACACCGCCCUUGGUUAGCACAGCAGCGCAUGUCCAACCGCAUGGUGCCAUGAGAGCUGUUUGUGAGCUGCUGGUUCAUAAAGGAUCUGAUGAUGUCAUGUGUUUUAUUAUCAUCUUGAAUGUUAUCAAUUCAAGGACAUCCAGUUUUUAUUUUCAGCAGCCUUUUGUGUGUAGUAUAUGUUACAUGACACCAAAUGUAAAGAGAAAAGUUGAGUUCUUUCGACCACAUGUGGCUUUAUCUCUCUACCUUUGUAUUCUCAGCACCCAGUGUACUGCGUGAACGUGGUCGGCACCCAGAACGCCAACAACCUGAUCACUGUGUCCACAGACGGCAGAAUGUGCUCCUGGAGUUUGGACAUGCUUUCACAGCCUCAGGUACACGGUUCACUCGUCUCCAACAGCGCCAUACAACCUGCAUCCUCUGCAGUCAACAUGUUAGUGCAACAUGAAUGACGUGUGCGCGUUUGUGUGCAUAUAGGAGACUAUGGAGUUAGCGUACAACAAAUCCAAACCUGUGGCGGUGACAGGCAUGGCCUUCCCCACUGGGGACGUUAACAACUAUGUGGUGGGUAGUGAGGAGGGCACUGUGUACACCGCAUCCAGACAUGGCAGGUAAGUGCGCAAAUCUGUGCUCAGUCACUUUUGAGUAUUUCUAUCAACAUCAUAGCAAAAUAAUUGCGAGUUUAGAUAACUAAAACACUUACAAGGCCAAGUGGACCGCUCUUUAUCCUACCUGUGUCUUGUCCUCUUAGUAAGGCCGGCAUCUGUGAGAUGUUCGAGGGCCACCAGGGACCGGUAACCGGCAUCAGCUGCCACAGCGCUGUAGGCACCGUCGACUUCUCCCACCUCUUCAUCACCUCCUCUUUCGACUGGACCGUCAAACUCUGGAGCACUAAGGUAUGGUGUGAGAGAAGGAGAAGGUGUGUGGGGGGCUGAUUGUGGAGAAACUGUAAAUGAGAGAGACGGCUGAGUGCUGUAGGUGAGCAGCUUCUUGGAAAACCAGUUUUCUCAUGUUUGGCAGUGUGGCUGAUUCAAAUGGGUAUCAAGAACCCUGUUUUUUUUUUGGUAUCCAUACAUAUUGGUAUCACAGGUGCUGCUGAGCUGAUGGACACACUGCACCUAUCAGUGUGUUACUCCAACUCGAUAAUGCAUUUUACUGCACAGAGUUGAGUUAUCGUCAUUUAAAUAUCAGAAUACACCUGAAAGACAAUAGCAGCAAACUUAACAUUGCACUGUGCAGACAGGCCUUUUGAAAGAAAGACAAUGAAAAAGUCCUGUCUGUGUCUAAUUCAUUAUAUCUGUCCUGGUGAAAUUUGGAUGCAACAAUCAGGAUUUCAAAGGAUACAGUAUUUACAUUGUCCUGUAAAAGUCAAAUAUUUUCAUAAUGUUUCAACUUUAGUCAAAGUAGCCAUAAUGUGGAUACCAAAUGUUUCCUUGCAACACUAACAUGCCGUAAAAUUGAUCCCCAUUUUCGGUGAAUCUCUUGAUACAUGUUUCUAAUUGGUCUAUAAAGCUCUAGUAAGAAACUUCUAGUUUUGAUGCCUCCUGUGGACAAAAGCAGUCUUUGCUUGGCUCGCCAUCUACAUGCUUGAGUAGUGAUUGUCAACAAAAUCUCAUCCUGCCAACUUUUGACAGUCAAAUGUAACAUUUAUCAUAAAUAGAGGAUUCUUUCUUCUUGCUCGAAAAACCCUCAUAGGGCCUCAAAUAAGAUUUCUAAGAGGGGUUUAAUUUGUCUGAUCUGGAGCAUCUUCAGUCUCCGUACAUGCAGGUAUUAAAGGAGUUAAUGUAACAUCCUAACACUCUAAAUCAAACAACUUUAGAAACAUAGAAAUCACUGAUUUUAUCUGGCUAAAAUGUGCGCAUCAUGCAGAUAUCAUCAUUUUGUACUCAGAAGUCCCUACAGGAGCUUUAAUCUGCCAGGUAUGCUGUGUGCUCCCCUCACUAAGAGAUACUAAUGAUUAUUCCUGUCGGUCAAAGCUCAGGGAACAUCUGCCUCACAAAUAAAUGUCACUAAAGGAUGAAGAAUAAUCCCUGAUGGGUUGUGAGUCUGAUGAAUAAGCGAUGGAAAACUUUGAAUCAGAGCACUUUCUCAUAAUGGCAGCUCUUCAUUAAACCUUAAACACCAUACAGUCUCAGUAGGUUUGACUUGCUGAGUUACUCAGACACACUGUGAAGGCAAGCGCUCCUCCUCCUCCUCCUCACUGAUUUUUAAGUGACCCCGUCCACUCCAGGCUUUUGUUCUCCUUUCAAACCGACGUGAUGAAUUCCAUUUUCCGGCAUUUCAGUGGCGGGGGGAAAAAGCGUACAGUGGCUUUUUCUGCCAAAGUGGGCGUGGGAGAAAAGAGAAGUUAGCUAAUACAUUCAAAGAAACGUUCUCAGAGCGGCGCCGACAGAUAAUGGAGUUAUUCUCAGGUAUGUUUGUGGCGCUGCAUGAGAAAAGAAAGUCAGAUCAAAGUGGAUUAAAGACCUUUGAUUGUGAAAUUUUUAGAGUGGAGCUGAAUUGAGGAAGGAAAAAGGGAGGUGAGGUGAAAGAGACUAAAGUCUGAGGAGGAAGCAGCUCAGCUGAUGAAACUAAAAGAAGAGAAACACAAAAGCAUGGUCGGUGGGAGAGGUGGUGCUGAAGCUGAAGGACAAAGACGAACAUGAGCAGGGCGUUGAACAGCAAACACAGCCAGAAUUCAAAGACCAACCUUCCAAUAUGAAGAAAAUACAUAAUGCAUAUUGCAUAAUCCUCCAGAUUUAUGCAGGAUCCAGUUUCAGUUUUCAUACUCGGCUGCUACAGGCUGUAAAACAGUCUGAUGAGUUUUAGCCCAUGUUUGCAUGCAGCCGCUCCAUAAGUCUUGGGUGAAGACUCCCGUGACACAUAUUAAAACACAUUUCUGUGGAUUUUCAUCAGACGAAUGUGUUAUUUUUCAGGAUUUGGGAAUUCCCUUUCCUUUGAGGGGCACCACAGGAAUGUGUGUCUGUCUCUUAUCCCACAUAACCCAUGUUUGUGUGUGUGGGCAGGCGGGAUACCUGAGCACGUUCGGGUGUGUGUGUUCACACCUCUCGGGCACCUUGAGCAAGCGCCCUGUGCUUAUUUAAAACCCCCUCGAGGUUUGCCUUCAACCAAACUGUUUCCACACACACACACACACGUAUAUUCCCUGUGAAUUCUCUUUGCGUUCACACACACGUUUGCUUUCAGGGUUUGAAAAAAGCCGCCGUACAGAGGUCUGCUGAUGUUUUCACACUCAGCGGUGCAAAUAUUGUGGUUGGUGAAAACAUUCGGAGCCAGCCAGAGGGUGAAGACGUUGUGAUGAGAGAGGAUUUACGACUUGAAACAUCUCAUGGCCUUGAUCCUUGAAUCAGGAUCUACCUGAGGGGAGGAGAGCAGUCAAUCCACUUUCACCUCUUUAAGGCUAGCGCCACUGUUUGCUCAAAGAUACCGAGUGUGAACAUUUCAGACAUGUUCAAAUGAGGACAGGAUCUUUAGUGAAUGACUUCGUUGUCCUUUUUUGAUCAGUUUGAAAUAGGACUGUGGUGAAACAGAGAGAGGAUAGAGAAACACUAACUGCAGCUGAUAAUAAACUAUCUGGAGCAAAGUGAUUAGACUCUUUUAUGAGUGAUGUUUAAAGAUUUAUGGUGAAUCCAAAAACAACACUGAGUUUGUGCUGCUGUUGGUGAGGGUUCUGCCAGAAGUAGCGCAUACUAAUUUUCAAAAUAAAAGCACGUUUUUACAAUAGGGGAUGCGAAAUAACUUUAUAACAAAGAUAUUACCUCAGCUCUCCUCAGACUUAAGGUGUUUAAUUAUUAAUCUGGAGGGAUGAUGAGCUCAGAGCUCUAACUCUCAUUCUUCUGCUGCAAAAAAAAGUUCAAAGCAUUACACAUGUGCUGUUUGACCAAAACUUUGAACUUAUCAAUUAGAAUUUCUGUAGAUGCAGCCUGGAAGGAACCACAUAAUCUAUAUGAGUUGAGAGUCCGAUUCAAGGCCCCUGUGAAUAACAAGUUUAGUUCCACCUGUUUUUCUUAAAGACUCUUUUCGUUAGAGAUGGUUGCCUUAAUUUGAAAGGACAGCUUGGGAGAGACAGGAAAUGGGUUUUGCGGGGAUUAACAUUCACCAAAUCAACUUUUGACUAGAACUUAUUCCUCUGACCAGUGAUGAGGACUGCUGCCUCUGUACAUAGAGUCAGAUUUUAAGGGCUGUAAUCAACCAAAGAAAUUUUUGGUCGGCUAAAACCCUGAAAUUUUCGACCAAAAAUCGACUUACCAUAGACUGUUAAUUGAUGCGGGAAAAAAUCCAGUUUACCAAUCAGAAUUUUGGUCGACUCAGCAUAUUUCGACCAAUAAGUCAACCUGCGACUAGGACUUUACAGCCCUACAGGUUUUCCCAGCUAAGCUAGUACUAGUUCUACGACAGCUGUCAACGGGGAUUCAUGAUAUAGAUUAUCACAUAUCACAUUUUCACACCGCUUAUUUACACCUAAAGAGGAAAUAUAAAACUCAUAUCAAUGUAUUUUGUCUGGAUGAGAGUCAGGCCCUUUUUGGCUGCUCGCUACUAUCUACCUGUCUCGACUCUAUACAGUUUAAAAGAUGCUUCAUGAGAAGUUUUUUGUUUUUUUUCCCAAGAAGAUAAUCAGGAUUGAUGCUUUUAUUUUGCACAGACAGCUCUGUAUUGUUGGUCUUAAUUGGUAAACACAGAUGAUGUUUAGACGCCUGGAGUCAGCUUUAACAGAUUUUUCUAUCUUACAUUCAUCCAUUCAUUUUCUAAUCUGCUUUAAAUAAUUAAGCUGGUGUUGCUCUGUGUUUUUACUUGUUUUCUUCUGAUGCCUCUCUGGUUCAAACCAGCUCAAAGCUCAACAGCACCUCAGCACAACAGAGAUAAUGACAAACAGUUUCUCCACGCGUGGCGCCACAAGGAUUAAGCCCCAUUUUCAGAUUACUUUUAAGACUUGCUGCUGCAGAUUAUUCACCAAAAUUACCUUAUUUAGGACCGGUAGAUUAAGGUCAGACUACAGUAAAACAGUAGUUUGCAUUUUGAAAGAUGGGUAGACACAGGCAGGGUUUUAUUCUUCUCAACUCUAAAGGCCCGAUAGACCAAGAAUACAUUUUAAAAAAGAGAGCAUUGUCUUGGGGCAAAGAUUAAAUGUAGUAUUUGUUCAGAGAAAUGCUCAAAAGAGAAAGGAGGAGUGUUAAAGUUAUGAAACAGGGACUUAAAACAAGAGAGCGAGAGAGAGAGGAUAAACAGGAAUCACUCAGCUGAUCGAACACUGAACCUUUGAGAUGGAGUUAAAUGACCUCUGCUGUCACCCGCAGGCUGGAAAACAGGUUCAAUCGAGCCUUGAAAUUGGUUUGGCUGUUUGUUUGUGAGUGUGUGUGUGUGUGUGUGUGUGUGUGUGUGUGUGUGUGUGUGUGUGUGUGUGUGUGUGUGUGUGUGUGUGUGUGAAUGUGUAUACCUGAUGCCUGUCUACCUUUUAGAAGGAUUGAAAGAGUGGAGAGAGAGAGAGCGUAAGAGUGAUGGAGGAAAAAAGAAGAAAUGAGAGGAGGAGGAGGAGAGAGAGAGAGAGAGAAAAAAGGACUACAUUCCUUCAUUUGCUCCUCCAGCCAACCUGUCUCCUCUCCUCCUCCCCUCCCACUCUACCUGUCAGGAAUGCAGUUUGUAAGCCUGUGGAAUCCUAACAGCCACUUAAGCCACACACACACAUACACACACACACACACACACACACACACACACACACACACACACGCACGCAGGUAUUUGAAAUAAACUACAAUAUAUGCCCACACUUCUUUUAUCAUCCUUCGUCUUCAGUUGCAAUGGCCUGUAGCCGUCAGCUGCAUGGACACAUACGUACUGGUUGAUCAUGGUGUCUGUGGGUGUAAGGGCUGCAUCUAUCAGGGAACGUACACUUGAAUUUUAGUCGCAGAAUUUAACCCACCAUGUUUUCUGUUAAUCUCCAGCCCUCACACAGAAUUACGACAACAUCAACCUCUUCACCUACUUUCAAAGCUUCCUAUCAGGACAUUUGGUUCCAAUAAUUUUAUUUUAAUUAUAAUUAAUAAUAAAUAAUAUAAUAAAUGAUUUUUAACGUUACUUGACUGGUGUUCAUUAUCUAACUAUGACAUAUAUGUCGGUCAAAUAGCCUGAGAGCAGUGGACUCUUAGUUUUUUUACAUGCAGUGAACUCAGAGUGUGAAAAUGUGUUAUCCAGUUUUUAAUAACUUUGGAUUCUCUUCAAAAAAGCUGAAUGAGAAUGACGUACAGAUUACUGGAGCUAAACUGGACCGCAGCUAUCAGCUCAUCUACAGUCCAGGAGCUUCAUCGGCUUUGGGGAUGAGGACUCCACUCAAAAAGGAUGGAGAUUCAGCAGCUGCUUCCAUAAACAACCUGCCAACUAGUUGAACAAUACAAGCGAAAGGGUGAUUGGGAAGCAGCAACAUUUGGCGGAAUACCAAGAAUGGAAAGUUAGGUUUUCAGUUUAUAGAGAAGCAAAGAGCUUUCCAUCUUUGCACCUCAUGGAACAAUGGAUUUAUGGGGGAAAGUUCUUGUCUUGAUGCAAAGACGCUUAAGGGAAACAAUCCACAGACACAGGUAACCAAGUCCACCAACAGUUUGUACAAAAAAAGCCUGCCCCACUUUUGUUUGUGGACCUAAACAGACCCCAUGUUGUUUGACACAUGUGAGCUAAUACUGCUCAAGAGAUCCUGGAUCAAAUCAGGGUACUAAAUGAGAGUUCUCCUGAGCAUGUUUUGUGCUGCUGCAGAGCACGAAUCACAGAGUUGUGUAGUUGGACUAACCUAACUUUUAAGCCUUAGUGAUCUCUGUUACAAAGCAUGCAUAUGCAGCUCUUAUGGUUAUGUAAGACUCCAGCAUAUCACUGGAGCAGCAUGGAGGAGACCCUGGUUGGCGCUGUCUUGCGUACUGUGUACUGACUUUGUAAAUUAGCUUCUUAUCUGGAUAUAAUUAGAACAAAUAGUUUUAUUAGAGUUCUUUCCUUAUUCUGUUGUUUUGAGAGCUGACCAUAGACUGUAUAUAAUAUGGACAACUUGGCUCCGCCUUCCGUCAUUGUACGAAUUUGAAGCCAAUUUGCUCUCCAUAUUUCUUGGAUUUUUUCCACUUCCUGGAACCACCACUUGCGCACUAGUGUUGUAUGCAUUGGGUGGGAGAGUCGCUGUGAUGACACUCGGCUCAAACUGCAUAUCCCCCCAGGCGAGCUACGCAAUCUUCGUACGCCCAUAGGCUGUAUCAAAUGUCAACCAUAGAAAACAUGAACCCUCUAAUAACGGAGCUGUACAGAGAAAAGAGGACUUGAGCACAAACCAGUCCAACAGUAACUACAUGUCAACACCACAAGCAGGGGGGAGAAAAAAUUAUAUUCUGUGUAAUAAAUUUCUAAAGUUUGUUAACAGCUCCAUAAGGAUUGCUGGAAGAGGGCGGGAUUUAUGACCUAUACUGCUGCCUGUCACCAGAGGGUGCUGUUCUCGCGGUGGCUUCAUCCAGCGAGGAGGCAGACGACGUCUACUCUAUAUACAGUCUGUAGAGCUGAUACAUUUUUGGGCAAUAUUUUAUUAUCUCAGUUUAAUUCAAAUGUUGCUGGUGCCUGCCUCUAGUGGACACUUUAAGAACUGCAAUUUUUUACACUUCCACAUGAGAGAAACAGAGAUUGAGAGAGAAGGCUGUCUUUAUUUUUCAAAUGUCAAACAUACUUUUCUGGAAUCUUCUCGCCCCUGUUGACAGAUUUAAGCUCAUGUAUUCUUGCUAUAAUCAGCUCUAUGCUCUCAUACUGAUAUUGUGAGGGGCUGUCAAACAGCCAAGUAUCUCUGCACCUUCAAACUCACACCUUCUAUUUUGAGUGCCACUUCCUCUCUGUCCAUUGGCCACCCCUCCUUCUCCUCCCAUCUCCAUCUCUUCCCAUCUCUCUCUGUCUCUCAGACAGCUGUUGUGUUGAGGUUACAGUACACCUUGUGGAGGGGCCCUCCCUUUCAUCUCUCCCAGUGGUUUUAUGGCGCUGUGUGAAUGUGCGAGGCUUUUUAAUUAGGCUCUGCACCCAGACAGGCCCCAAGGCUGAGGCAGCGCCACUCUGUCUGAAGCUCGCUCACUCCCUCUCUCCAUUCCUCCUCUGUCUCUCUCUCUCUUUUCUUUCAAUCUCUAGACUGUCAUCUGUUGUAAUCCCAACUCUCUUUCUCUCUCUCUCUCUCUCUGUUUUUUUUCUCCCCAUCUUAGUGAUAGAUCUCUUCUUUUUCUGUCUUUCAGCACAACAAGCCUCUGUACUCGUUCGAGGACAACGCAGACUAUGUCUAUGACGUCAUGUGGUCGCCUGUGCACCCUGCGAUCUUUGCUGCUGUGGAUGGCAUGGGCCGCUUAGACCUGUGGAACCUGAACAAUGACACAGAGGUGCGUGCGUGCUAGCAAAUAGGUCAUGGUGGGUGUUUUUCAGUGUCAUCUCUUUGUGUGUUGACGUGCAUGUGUGUCUGCUGUCCUCAGGGCCUGUUGUUGGGUCUCAGCCCUGAACCGCACAACCAAACACCCAAGACUUUUUCCCUCCCACCACCAGCCCCUCCACAUCUCUCCGUACACCAACACACACAUGCACACAAAAUCCAAGAUUCCCCUGUGGGCGUUUCCCGCAGCCCUCGCUCUAAAUCACACUUGGUGACAUCUCCCCACCCAGACGUCCCGCGAACAUUCCUGCAACCUCUGUCCAACGUUCAGGCAGCCUCAGGACCCCGCCACCUCCUCUCAUCUGCCUCCCACACCCUGUCCCAUCAGCGAAGUGCACACAUGUGCAGAAGACCUCAGUCCACAGCUGAAGGCAGGACAUAAAAAUAAUAAAAUGAGAAUGUAUUUUCAGCGCUUUAGGGCAAUAUUUCUUUAAAGGGGGCAACUGAGGCCACCGAGGGAGUAUCUAUCUUUAACUUCAAAAAUCAGGUAGAAAGGAUGAAAUCAAAUGUAAUGAGUGGACACUCAGUGGAAUCAAAGAAAUUCAGUUUUUCUCAAGUAUUUAUCACAGCUUUUAUCAGCCUUUUCAAGAAGAAGAUUCUUGCAACAAUUGGCUUCAUGUAAAUGUGGACGACUUCUCCCAUCUCUUUUAAUGGAUCAUUCAAUAGAUCAUAAACAUUGGCACAUGUUCAGGCUCAUAAAAUUUGUAAAUCUUGAUAAUCUGACAAACUGUAGGUGUGUAAAAUAAAAACUGUAGUUUAAAAAUCAAAAGUUGUCGAACUUACCGCUGAUGUCUUCUUUAUUUUUUUAGAACAAUAAAAACGCAUCAAUAGGAUUUUCAGUUUAUUUCAUAAAUGUCAUAAAACCACGUACAGGAGCUUUAAAGAGGAGGUGGCUAAAUGCUAACAUUAGCUGCAUUCUCAUUUUAAUGAAUGGGCUGCAAAGUGUGUUUUCUAACUUAAAAUAUGAGCUGAUCUCACUCCUGAUUUCACCGUCUAUUCACUUUGUGUCUGUUCAUCAAUCAGAGAGCAUUAAAAUGACCACAGUUUGUAAGGUUAUAAGAUUUAUACUACCUAUGGCUUGGACACUGUGUUUAUACAUGACAGUAAUAAAGGAGUUUCAUGCCCACAGAGUGAUGUCACAAGAAAAAAAAAACACUGAAGCCAUAAGGUCACCGCAGUGGGCACUGGCAUUUUGCUGGUGAUGGAUUUUGGAGCCAAGGAGUGCACAAAAGUAAUCUAGCUGAUGGAGCUGUAGGAUUGACAUCACACCAGGUCCGCUUAAAAAUGCACACAUUUAACUUUCCUAGAAAACAGACUUAACCAGAGCAGAUUCUUUUUAAGCUGACAUUAAAAAGAAAAGAAAGUUCAACUCUUGUUUAGAUUCACUCUGACCGUUUCUCUUCUACUCAGCAGAAAGCUGCAAGAGCUGCAUUUGUCAUGACAUCACAUCCUCGUUUUUUAGCAUCAUAUGACAAAUGAAAACCAAAGUGUCAACACUCGAACUCAAACAUGCAUGAUGAGGAUAGGUGGAAAUAACUUGGCUGGUGUAAAAUACACAAAACAAGCCCUUUAAAGCUCACCCAAGAGCACUUUAUAUAGUGUGCAAACUUUGAAACUCUCAGGAGCUUGUUUGUUGUUUGUUGCAAAGACGAAUUUUACUCUGAACUUUUCCUUUAAGGCAGAAAAAGUUUCUGUCUGAAGUCUGAAAACCUCACUUUUUCACAACUUUGAUUGUUGGUACCAAACCUUUGAUCACUCAGGUAAAAGUAGGGAUAAAAGGAUCUUUCAUUCUCCUGCUCUCUUGGUUUCCAUGGAGACAACACCCUCAGUGCCUUCCACCUUAAUACCCAUCUGCGUCAGAUGCUGUCCUCUUUUUCCCAUAAUGCUCUUUCACUCGCUCUUCUUCCUUUCUCAUUUCCUCAAAGGCCUGUUCUUAAAAUAUUCACAUCUCAUCUCCCAGGAUUUGAAGUUACAUCUCGGCUGUCAUGUCUCUUCCCGUCUCGUUUUAACCACAUCUCUCUCUCCUUCAUUGAUCCCAUCAGUAGCCUCUUCCCUCUGCAGCACAGAUGACAAGUUUCCCAUGAUUCCCUCAACAGCAGCCUUUUCAGCGACAGAGGAAGAGUUCAUUAUGGAAGGCCUAACUCGACUAACAAUGUGCUUUAUGAGAAACAUUUGCUCCGAGACACUCACACACACACACACACUCCCACACACACAACGGAUGUAACAAACACAUGCAACACACAUUCACUCAUGCACACUAAGGCUAAUAGCAACAGACUUCCAUUGUACCAUCAUAUUAAAAACACAGUCAUAACGACACUAACUGAGCAGUGCAGUGCCUGGUUCUCAUUUUCUGCAUGCACACACACACACACACACAAACACUCACACACACACACAGCCAAUUUAAAGCGCUCAGUUCAGAUCCACUCGGGCGGAUCAGGGGAAGCUAGCAGGCUAAUGGCAGUCAGUCUGUGGUUAGCGCUGCUUUAAAUACGCGGCAGCUCGGUGUGUGAGGGGACAUGAUGCCAAGGCCUCUGUCUCCACUGGUGACAUGUGUCAGACUCGCUCGCCACAUGUCAGGAACAGUUUAUGGAAAUACUGCAGAUGGUUGAAGCUCUUUUAAAAGGUGCAACACCAGCUCUGCUGUUUACUAAAAAGAGCCUCGGCUACAACAGCAAACAUGGACUUACUUCAAUCCAAUCCGCUUUGUUUAUACAGCACAUUUUAAAAAACAUUCAAGUUUACCAAAGUGCUGCACAGUAAAAUUAAAAGAACAAACACUGCAGAAAACAUCAAGGGGAUAUUUUACUGAGUUAUUAUAUGGCCUCAUGUUUGUCCACUUUAAAAGCAAAAGCUAUUAAUUCAAGUGCUAUAUUUGGCCAACUUUAUGAGUGUUUGGAAAAAGUUUGCUUUAAAAAUUGAAUUUAAAUGGUGAAUGCUCCUGAUUUACACGGAUAAAACAAACAUUAAAACAAGCUUUAAGUGCAGUUAGAGCCAAUAAACAAAUAGAAAUAGGUCUUAAAGCAAAACAGGAGCACUCUCUAAAAUAAACCCUCCAUAGGUGCGGGAACAUCACAAAUGUGUAACAAACAGAAAGAAAAACUCAGCACAUUUAAUGACUUUUAAUUUGUUGAAUACAGGUGAGAUGCACAGCCGGGUGACUGAUGACUUUCUUCAGCUGUGCAGAAAGAAUUUUAAAAAACCUUCAAGGUGAAAGAAGGACCGAGCGCUGAGACGCUGUGCUUCUCUGAUUAAAUAUGUUCAUUUAGUGUGCUGAAUUUUUGUCCAUUAAAAAAAAAAAAAAAAAGAUUUUUUUUAUAAGAUUUUAAUUUUCUAAGUCAUUUUCCCAGGGAAACAGUCAUAGGAGAAUCAUGUUUACUUUAGAGAUUAAAAACAUGAUGUUGCAAAAAUAAACCCUGAUAUUUAUUUAGUACUGAAACAGUAUUUUUACCUUGCUAUGCCACAUUACAUGACCGUACUUAUAUAAUGAUAUGUCAGGUCCCACUAUGUUACUCUAUCAUAAUGCUUUGUCAUGUUUUAUUCACCUUCACAUCACUGUUGAUUGAGUCGUGGGAGUUAAUGGCUUUUAAUUUCAGCUGUUAGUCAGUUUAGAGCCAGUCAGACUUAAGAGGGAGCACUCAAAUAUUUACAUAGGGAAAUGCCGAAGUGUAAACGUUACAUUUGUGACAGUAUUGUGCUAAGUAUAUAUGUUGAGUCAUAUCACAUCACCUUCCGUUACAUUAUGGUUUGUUACUUUAUGUUGAACCUGGUGCCAUCUAACAAAGAUAUGACUUUAAAUUUCACUGAUGCUUGUUUUCGUGGACUUUACACCCUCAAGACAGUCCCAACUUACACGAAGCUGGUGCAACAGGCCGCUCAGCUUUUAUAGAUAUUUCCCUUCAUUCAUAUUUGUCCCUGCACACCCUGAACAUGUGUGUAUGUUCUUGUCUUUGUUGCUGAUUACUGUGACUUACAUGAGGACCUUUUACACCCACCAUGGAUAAUCUUUGUCGCUUUAUUUUGUUUUUCUUGUUUAAACAGGUACCGGCGGCCAGCGUGACCAUUGAAGGAGCUUCAGCCCUCAACAGAGUCCGCUGGUCAUCAGGAGGGAAGGAGGUGGCUGUGGGCGACUCAGAAGGCCGAGUCUGGAUCUAUGAUACUGGAGAGGUACAGGAUCAUAACCAUGUCUUAUUAAUACAGUUUGAUCACAUGAUACACUUGGCACAAAUGAAAAACACAUGGUGCAUCUCAAAACAACCUUUUUUUGGGGGGGACUCAGAAGUAAAGGCUUGAUUUCUCAGGUAUUGUUUUCAUCAUUAAAGAGUAAUAACUUUGACAUUUUAAUCAAUAUUGCCUGGUAUAAUGCUGAUAUUUUGGCAGCCUGAUGUGCCAGAAAAAAAAACAAUAAAUUGGUGAGGGCAUUGUUGCUGGAUUCACCAAGGGUGCUGUAAUGUGUGCAGCUGGUGUCUCACACUGGUUUCAUUUUUAGACAAUCAAGAUUUAAUUACUCCUGAGGGGCUGAGAGCACCAGUGAGCGACACUAACCAGGAUUUAUUGCUGCGUUGUUAUUAAGUUGCUCUACAGUAGAUGAAGAGAAGUUGGCGCCUGAGUUACCGUCGUUGCUCACUGUUCAGUUCCAUAAAUCCGUCCUGUUUUCAGAUUUUGUGUCAUGUGGAAGAAAGACCUGCUCCAUAUAGAGGAAUAAUGUAUAUAAUUUGAGCUGAAUCAUGAUUUCAAAAACAUGUAUACGCUUUAUCUCUGAUGUUUAUUUUGCUCUAUGGACUUUGGUGAAUGGCACACUCUACAGGAAAGUGCAUUUCUUUCACAGUAAAACCUUCACAUGCCCCACAACUGAUCAUUUCAAGUCUUUUAGUUCUGUGUGUUUACUCAACUGUCAACAUCGCCAUGAAUGUAUAUGUUUGAUUUUCCUCCCUCCCUCUGCGUGUCACUCUGCCAUCACCACAAAGCGUCCAACCGCCCUGCCUGCUCCUCGUAUGUUCUCUCAUGCUCAGAGGGCUCUGGUUAGGAUCCCCAUGUGAGGGCGCGUUAGCCUCACCACUCGGCUAAUUUUAGCACCGUUUUGCUGCCUGGUCGGUGGGAGAGAGGCUCAGCUGAGCCGGUGGCCUCCCGCAGGGUCGACAGUAACGAAGAGUCAUCAAUAAAAGGGUUGAAGGUUUUAUAACCUUAAGGACAUGUGUGCGGUGGAGGGGAUGCUUUUUGAGAAAUUCCCCCUCACAGGGCCAAAAGAGGAACAGCAUGUGAAUAAUAAAGAGCCUGGAGCAGCUUCAGGAAGAAAAACACAAAUAAAAAUUAAUUUUAGUGAUAUUUUUCUUAGUACAUAUGAGCUCUGUGUCAUUUAUCCGCAGGGGUUGUAGCUGUUUUGAUUCUUCUGUUAUUGAUGUUGCUGAAAAGUCCAAAUUAUGACAUACAAGUCUUUCGAGGUCAGGACUUUCAAUGUUUUAGACCCACUGCUUUAAAAGCAGGAUGACAAAAAUCCCACAGCGUUAUUCUGACAUUUGAGCUUCUUGUAUUUUAUUCAAACAUUAAGUCACUCCGAGCAGCAUAUACAUAGUCCUCUGGCUGAGCCCCCCUGCUGUGGCCAGCACAGCUCAGUGGGGGGUUUAAAGGGGGAGUUCAAAAUGGCUGCCUCCCUCCUCCUGGUUCCUGUUUAAUUACAGCCUGGCCAUGCAAAGCGGUUGCAGACAGCUUGGGUGGCGGCCGCGGCUUCUGUCCCACUCAUUCUGACUCCCACAGCGCUCGACUCGAGGUCGACACUUAAGGAGGAACAGCGUUCAGUAUGACUUCCUGUAUUAACUCUUUACUGUCAGAGCAGCUCGCGCUCGUUUUUAGAUUUGUGAGCAGAGUGGCUGAACAAAAACAUCCAAACAAUGAUUUCACGGAGUGUCAUGAAAUAACCAGCAGGUAGUCUUUGUUCCCAGAGGAUAAAUCAGUGAAAUAUACGGGCAGGCAUCCACAUUCACAUUACAUAACACACCCACGGUCUCCAGAGGUUGAAUGGUAACAUCUCCGGAGUUGUUUGGCUUUUUCUCAGAGCUGAGAAAUGUUCAAGUAAAGAACCAAUUUGACUGAAGAAUCAGCAGGAUGAUUUUUUUGUGUCCACAGGGGGCGCCAAAGUUAAGACAUCUUUGGUAGUAGCUUUAAUCUACUUUGUGUUUUUAAACCAAAAAUGAGAAUAUUCUAUAAGUUUGUUUCUCUGUUCAGAGAUGAGUAGAAAAUGUCAGCUUAUAAAGAGAUGAGCAAAGAAAAAUAUAGAUUGGAGUAUAUAAUACCCAUUAUUUAUGAUCGUAAUUUGAGGUUACUUCUCUGUAUUUUUCCCUUCAGUUUCAUAAAAGAAUGUAUUUCACUUCAGUAUGAAUAUCAAUAAUUGUUGUUUUUUUAAAUGAUCCUAAUGAUAAAUCAGAACUGUGGAACAAAAAAGCAUUCUGGGAUAAAGUAAGCAAAUACUAUAAACAAAUUGAUGAGUUCAGACUUUUCCUCUCAUGUUCUUGACUUUUGAUGACAAACUUUGACUUUAUAAGGUCUCACAGUCGACUUUGUAUUAUUUUUUUUGAGGUUUUUGUCACGAUUUUGACACACUUUUAACACAAGUUUUCCAGUCAGGAACUUUCUGUUUGUGUCAACUUUACCUUCCCACUCAAACAAAGCAUCCUUUGGUUAUCUUGACCUGGAUAUACUAAAGUAAUGUCUUCUGCCCCCCCCCAGAAAUCACAUCAUUUUGACUUUUUACAGCCAAAUGCAUCAUUUAUUGUGAUUAUUCAAUGUGAGUAAUAGUAACACAGGACUUUGUCUGACACUGACCUUCUAGAAGCAGAUUCAGGCACUAAAAAUGAGGUUAUGAAAUCAUCAGUCUUGUCACUAAUGGUUGUGUUUGCUUCUGUCUGUUAUAAAAAGGCAUCACUAUCAUUAUAAACAGACCUUCUGUCUCAGAGUUUGGAUAUUUUUUGGACUGAAUUUUGGAUCUAAUGUCCUUUUUAAAGUGAGGAUGUAAUUGUAAAAGCAGAGUUUUAGCCUUUUUUUCCAUUGGCUAAAAUGAGUUCUGUAAAUUGGUGUUAAAUUACUCUUAAAGAAAAGCUAAAUUGCUGACUCUUUACUUUUGGAACAAGCAGUGACAAAUCUAUGGAGCUCUGUUGCCUAGCAACAUCUUACACAGGGUGAUACUUACAGGUGCGUGCACUCACCUCACCUUAAUGUCAUGUUGUCUGUUUCUCUGAUGACUCCUUCAGCUGUCAGUGGCUCACACAGAUGACUGGGGGCGCUUCGCUCGCACCCUGAUGGAGAUCCGCGCGAACCGAGCGGACGGCGAGGAGGAGGGGCCUAUGGAGCUGGCUUCAUAGAACGGGACUCCAAACCAAAGUGGACUGAAUCAGACGCCUGGUGUGCUUUUAUUGGUGUCACUGUAGCAUGAGCCUAUCACUCAGUUUGGUUGGGUUUCCUCACUUUUCUGUGCAGUAAUCAUGUCUAAAGGAGGCGGCGCUUUUAUUGUAUUUAUGCAUUUACUGUCUGUUAACGAGUUGACUGUUUAUCUCGACUGAUUUGUCCAACUUUAUUCGUUUAUUGACUUUAAACAAUGUGUUGCUUGCAAUCUGUGAGCCUGCAGUAUUUACAGAGUGGCAGUCUAAUAGCCUUAUGGAGUUCUGUGUACUGUAACGAUGCUUUGCACUACUGUGAAAUGAAGCAGGGUCCAUAGACUAGUCAUGUAUUGUUUACAAACUCUCAUGGUCACUUUAUGUUGUGCUUUUUUCACUGUACUAUGAUGCCUGCAUGCAACACAUUCCUGGAAUAUUACAGAUGCGUAAACAUGAGAGGUGGUCGUUAUGGUGACGUUUUCACAUGUGGCUGCUGUGUGUGUGUGUGUGUGUGUGUGUGUGUGUGUGUGUGUGUGUGUGUGUGUGUGUGUGUGUGUGUGUGUGUGUGUGUGUGCGCGAGGCUGUCAGAAACUGAAUCAAGGAUUGGCACUUUGUAUUUUGUUGUUUGGAGCAAUGACUGUAUAUUAUUAUUAAUGAACGGUUACGAUUAUCAAGAGGUAUAUUGUACUGCAGAGUGCUCGCUGUCAAACCUGCUGUGAUUACUAUUAAAGCAGAGCCCAUUAACUCUU